AUGCCUCCAACUCCGACCCCAAUCCCCCUCUUCGCCUCAACCCAACUCACCCUCCUCCACGAAGAACACGCCGCCGAAGUCGCCUCCUCAAAACUCGCCAGCACAGCCGCAACAGUCUCCCCCUCAACCCGUCGAACCCUACAAGCAACCGGCUACGCCCUCACCGGCCUGAUCCUCUCACAAUGCCGAACCGGUCUCGGCGGACGCGUCGUCGGCGAGUUCGCCCCGGACCCGGCAGUCGCAUCAGACGAGACUAGAGCCGCGGAUGGGACGCCUCGACUUGGGGCGCAUGGGAUUCGCGUUGGGGAUGUUGUGCGAGUUAAUGAUGUAGCGGGGCCUAAGAAGGGCGGGAAAGACAAGGAGAAAGAGAAAGAGAAAGAUGAGAAGGGCGUCGAGGGUGUUGUUACGCGCACUGGGGAUCGGGCUGUGUGGAUAGCGUUUGGGCGGCAGGGUGGGAGUACGUCUAAGGAGGAUGAUGAGGCUAUUGAGGAGCUUUGGGGGAAGAAGGUGUGGGCUAUUAAGCUUGCUAAUGAUGUUACGUAUAGAAGAAUGAGACAGACUAUGGAGAAGAUGGAGAAGAUGACGGAAUCUGAUUAUUCGCAUUUCAUGCGUGUUGCGUUUGGAUAUACGACCCCGCUACAGUUGGAUACUGAGGCGUGUGGACCCGUGGAAUUUACGGAUCCCACACUUAAUGAUUCGCAGAAGGAUGCUAUUUGCUUUGCGCUGGCUUCAAGGGAUAUUGCCUUGAUCCAUGGCCCGCCUGGGACGGGAAAGACGCAUACGCUUAUUGAAUUGAUUUUGCAAUUGGUUCAGCGGAAGAAACGCGUUCUCGUCUGUGGACCGUCGAAUGUUUCUGUUGAUAAUAUUGUGGAACGUCUUGCUCCUAAGAAGGUUCCUGUUGUGCGCAUUGGACAUCCGGCUCGUCUGCUUCCUUCUGUUCUGGAGCAUUCUCUUGAAGUCCUUACGCAGACCUCUGAUGCUGGGGGUAUUGUGAAGGAUAUUCGGAAGGAGAUUGAUGAGAAACAGGCUAGUAUUCGCAAGACCCGGUCUGGUCGUGAACGACGAGGUAUCUAUGAUGAUUUGAAGUUGCUUCGGAAGGAGUUCCGACAGCGCGAGUCUAAAUGUGUGGAUAAUCUGGUGCGCGAGAGUAGCGUGGUGUUGGCUACUCUUCACGGGGCUGGAGGUCACCAGUUGAAGAAUCAGAAGUUCGAUGUUGUGAUUAUCGACGAGGCGAGUCAAGCUCUCGAGGCACAAUGUUGGAUUUCUCUUUUAGGUGCAGAGAAGGUGGUGCUUGCCGGUGACCACCUGCAAUUACCGCCGACCGUUAAAUCUACCGGGUUAAAGCCCAAGGAUGAAGAUUCCAAGGGCGAACACACGGGUACCAACACCGAGACAUUGAAGGGUGUCUCUCUUGAACGCACAUUAUUCGAUCGUUUACUAGCUCUGCACGGACCAGGGAUCAAACGUAUGUUGACUACGCAAUAUCGCAUGCAUGAGACAAUCAUGCGAUUCCCCUCCGACGAACUCUAUGAGGGGAAGUUGAUAGCCAGUGACGCGGUCAAAGCCCGUCUACUAGUUGACCUACCUUACGAGGUCGAGGGCACAGAUGAUACGCAGGAACCACUAGUCUUCUGGGACACGCAAGGGGGAGAUUUCCCCGAAAAGGUGGAGGAUGAGAUCAGUAAAAAGGGGGCGUUGCUUGGAGACAGCAAAAGCAACGAGAUGGAGGCCAUGGUCGUUGCCAGACACGUGGACAAUCUGAUUGAUGCGGGGGUCAGACCCGAGAGCAUUGCUGUGAUCACCCCUUACAACGGACAAUUGGCUCUCUUGUCACGAAUGCUACGAGAGAAAUACCCCGGUCUCGAACUCGGCAGUGUGGAUGGAUUCCAGGGCCGGGAGAAAGAAGCUGUUGUGGUGAGCCUGGUACGUAGUAAUGCGGAGCAUGAAGUGGGUUUCUUGGGUGAGAAACGAAGAUUGAAUGUUGCCAUGACGCGACCUAAGCGACAUUUGUGUAUCUGUGGUGACUCGGAGACGAUCAGUCAUGGAAGUAGCUUUCUCAAGCAUUGGAUGGACUUUCUUGAAGAAAAUGCCGACUUACGAUACCCCGAUGCGGGAGAUUUACUAUAG